AUGAAGCCAACCUUACUGAAUCCAGUAGCACACCGCAAGCAGUGUUGGCUGCCGCCCAGAGAGGCGGGCGUCCGUCUGGCGCCAUCGUCGCUGUGGCGGAGCCUGCGACCGCUGGUCGUGGUGUCCACAGCGCUGGGGGUGGGGCCCCACCGCCCCCGCUGUUGCUGCCUCCUUGGCGCCGCCUCCCGCGCCUACAGCCUCGCCAUCGCACUGGCUGUCCUGUGCCUGUGCUCCAUGGACGCCGCCUUCGUCGCCGAAGCAGAAGUCGAGCAGAAGCGCAUAGCCGCCUCUGCCUCCGGGUUCAUCACCAUCAUCACCAUAACAGUCACUGCUGCCCUGUCGAUUCUCUCCUCACUGGCCGGAAACGGCGACAGGUUCCUCUCUCUCGUGUCCGAGAUCGAGCGCGUCGACUUCACAACUCUCGUGGCAGUACUAGGACACAGAUUUUCCUUACUCAACGACACCAUCCUCCGAAUGUCGGGCAACAUUUCUGUCAUGCAGUGGAAUGAACUCAGCCAGCUGACAAACAAUCGUCGACUGAUGUUGGCAAGUAGACGUACUCACCCUACGAAGAGGUUUCCGGAAGAAUCUAUAACUUUAAUGACCAUUCCGAUCCUGGUAGAUGUUCGGCUGGCUUACAUGCGACUGUCCAAAGUGGCGGCGGCCGUCAACAGAAUGUACGGGAUCCCGAUCGUAGCCAGUGCGCUCCAGACGCUGACCGUCUCGUACCACGUCAUAUUUUGCAUUCUCGGGGCUGCCUUACACCGGGAGAAAGCGGACCUGUUUGAAACGCUGACGGACACCAGCUACGUGGUUGUCACGCUGGCCAGCUUCGUCUGCAUGGCGGCCGCCUGCCACUCGGCCGCUGCGCAGGCUAGCAGGACGGCGACCAUCUCAGACGAACGCUGCCUGACGAAUUCCGCAGGCCCCGAGGUGUGUCUGCAGCUUCGGCAGCUGUCCCGGCAGGCGCGCCACUGUCCCGUCUCCUUCAGCGCCUGCCGCCUGUUCACCGUGGACGCCCACCUGCUGACCGCCAUGGCCGCCACCAUUGCCAGCUACACCAUCAUCCUGCUGCAGUUCGUCUCCUAG